CUCCAGGCGGGACUGUGCACCUUGCUGCUGGGCUUUAACCAAACCUUCCACAAAUGUCAUGAGGAGCUUUGGGACCACCUUGAGUUUUUGAAAGGUUAGAACUCUGCGCUCCGCCCCUCUGUGCGCACGCGCAGCUCCUCGAGGUGAAACUGCGCCUCAGCAGGUUCUGGUCCAACACAGCCUCUGAGACAGCUCGGUUCGGGUCUCACAGGGAGCUUGGACCCAGACAUGGAGGGAACAGGUGCUCCGAGCGCAUACGGACUUCCGCUCUCCGGAGGAGGCUUUGAUUUCUACAAGUUCGUCCGACAGCCGCAAACUAUCGUGCGAGUGCUGAGUUGGGUGUUUGCCAUCGUGGUGUUCGGCACCAUCACCGGAGAAGGGUUCCUCAACGACCAUCACAGCUCUGAGGAACACUGCAUGUUCAACCAGAGCGCCUCUGCGUGCGGCUACGCCGUCUUCAUCGGGGUGGUGGCCUUCCUGGCGUGCGUGGCCUUCCUGGUGCUGGAUGCUUAUGUGCCUUUCAUGAGCAACGCGCAGGAAAGGAAGUAUGCAGUCACCGCCGACCUCGGCUUCUCAGGGGUGUGGACCUUCCUGUGGUUUGUGUGCUUCUGCCUGUUGGCGAGUCAGUGGAGUCAAACCAAGGAUGAAUUUCAGAGUAUUCCAGCGGACGCCGCACGCGCCACCAUCGCCUUCUCCUUCUUUUCCAUCGCCACCUGGGGAAUCCUGACCUACUUCGCCCUUGGUCGUUUCCGCCACGGCGUGAACGACGCUGCUACGUCGACCUACGCCGAGCCACCAGCAGACCACAGCGCCCCCUAUCCUCCAACCUACGCCCCCACGUCCUACGCCCCCACCACCUACACCCCCACCACCUACACCUACCCCAGCAACGUGCCCGACCUGCACCAGCAGCCUCCCUUCACCUCGAACCUGCCGCCUCAGGGCGACGGGGGCUACCAGCCGCCCAAAUACUGAGACAAAAGGGAUGAGGUGGUGCUCCAGCUCCUCUGUAGGCUCCACGCAGACCUUUAAUUUGAUGCACGGUUAAAAGUGUUUAGAGGACCUGAGCUGUGGAGACAUCUGGUCAGAUCUGAGGACAUGAGAAGAUUGGUGUUUAAGACGGAGUUUGACCUUCGAUCUGUGUGCAAAAGCAACAUUUACCUCGUCAGCUGAGCCUGCCGGGGAGCUUUAGUCAACAAUCAGGUGGACCGUGGAUUUCCUUUGACCUAGAAGAAUGUGUACUUAGGCGAAAGUAGGAAUGUAAAUGUUCUGUGCAACACUUUGUUCCUUUGGAGGUUUUUUGUUUUAAUUAAUUACUCACGAGGAUUAAUAUGGUGACAUUUGUUGUAGAAGGAAAAGGAAACCUUUAUUUUGAAGGGGGAAACCUUUAUUUUGAAGGGUUUUGGGGUAAGUUUGGUGUACAGUGAAGUCUUUUGCAUCAGAAAAAAUAAAAUUUGGGUUUUUUUUGUA